AUGGCUUAUCCAAGUUUUUUUCCACCUUAUUACAGCGAUCCUUCGUCUCCCGAUUAUUCGAAUACCAAUCCAUCCUCUCCUUAUUACAGCGUUCCUUCUUCUCCCGAUUCUAAUACCAAUCCAUCCUCUCCUUAUUACAGCAUUCCUUCUUCUCCCGAUUCGAAUACCAAUCCAUCCUCUCCUUACUAUAACAAUAAUCCGACCCCUCCGGAUUAUGGUUUUCCUUAUCCAUCCACUCCCAACUACUAUACUCCACCUUCUCCUGAUUCUAGCAGCUCUCCCCCUUCGCCUUCUAGCUACAAUAAUCCCCCGGGCCCGUCUAGAGGCUCAGGCUCCUCGUCAGAGCAGGAAUUCUUAGACGCGCACAACACAGUUCGGUCGGGUCUCCACUUGGGGUCUCUCACUUGGGACCACAAACUUGCUUCGUACGCGUCCGACUACGCGGCCAAGCGCGUGACCGCCGGCUGCGGGUUGGUGCACUCGGGCGGGCCCUACGGGGAGAACCUGGCGGAGGGCACGGACCUCACGGCCUCGGGUGCCGUGCAAAUGUGGGUGGAUGAGAAACAGUACUACAACCACGACACCAACACUUGUGCUGAUGGACAAGUAUGCGGCCACUACACGCAGGUCGUCUGGAAGGAUACUAACCGUGUGGGGUGCGCAAUGGACAAGUGCAGCGACGGGAGCAGUAUCUUUGUAAUAUGUAGCUACGAUCCACGGGGGAAUUACGUCGGCCAAUCUCCUUAUUAG